AUGGCCGGAAGACUAGAGCAGCAUCUUCAAUGUCCGACCUGUCUGGAUGUCUUCAAAGAUCCCGUCAUGCUGCCGUGCAGUCACAGCUACUGUCGUGCGUGUCUGCAGCAGUGGAAGGACAAAGGAGAGCGAUCGUGUCCACUCUGUAGGACAGAGUUUCAGUCGACAGAUCCACCUUUGAACUUAGCACUAAGGAAUAUGUGUGAGAACUUUUUAAAUCAGGUCUGGUCUGAAGACACGUGCUGCUUGCACGAUGAGAAACUCAAACUUUUUUGCUUAGAGGACCAGGAGCUGGUGUGCCUCAUUUGCAGAGAUUCAAAAAUCCACGCAGGACACAAGUUCCGUCCCCUCAAAGAAGUUGCGGAAGAUCAUAAGGAGGAACUUCAGUGUGAACUGCAGCGUGCCAAGAACAGACUAGAAGAUUAUACCAAGGUUAGAGAGAACUGCAUAGAACUGGCAGAGUACAUCAAGGUCCAGAGCGAGAAGAUCGAAAACAAGAUUAAGAAGGAUUUUGAAGAGCUCCGUCGCUUCCUAGAUGUCGAGGAGAAGGCCAGGUUAGCUGCGGUCAUGGAAGAAGAGAAAAUCAAGAGUCAAUUCAUGAAGGAGAAGAUUGCGGCUUUAAGCAGAGACAUGGCCACUCUGUCACACUUUAUCAGACGCACCGAGGAGAAUCUGGCAUCUGACGACAUUGCCUUCAUGAAAAACAUCCUGACCGCAAUGAGCAGAUACCAAGAACCGCUCGAUGAACUGAAGCUGCCCGGAGGAGUUCUGCUGGACGAAGCCAAACACGUGGGCAACCUCAAGUUCAACAUCUGGGAGCGAAUGAAGGAGAGCCUCUCCUACAGUCCCGUCAUUCUGGACCCCAACACGGCCGGUCCGGGUCUUAUUCUGUCUGAAGAUCUGACCAGUCUGACUUUAAAUGAAGCAAAUCAGCCCCCAGAGAAUCCAGAGAGGUCCAAGGCGAAAAUUGUGCUGGGUUGCGCUUUGGACUCGGGAACAAACAUUUGGGAUGUAGAGGUGGGAGACAACAACGACUGGUGUUUGGGGGUCCAGUGGGGCGACCCUUGUUUGCCAGCUCGAAUGGUGGGUUUUUUCUUUGGAUUUAAGGAUGGUAAAUACACAAUGCAUGGUAGAACAACGUUUGUUGGAGGGUGGGAUCUGCCUUUAGAAGGGCAGAGAAUCCGAGUUGAAGUGGACAUGAUUGAAAGGCAUCUUUCCUUCUCUGAAUCUCUUACAAACACUGUUUUGUGUACCGUUAAGAACCCUUCCGAAUGGCCAGACCGGUCCGGUAACACCAAAAUGUAUCCUUACCUUUGGACAGCACAUAAAAGUCCUCUGAAAAUAAUCCCCUAUCCGCGUAGUGUUAAAACUUCUGUGAAUCUAUGA